CUCCCCAGGUGCGCAUGCGCAGAAGCGCCCCGGCUACUUGUUGACCUCCGGGAGGCGAAGAAGGGUGGAGUGUGGACGACGCCUCCCCCCGGGCCUGGGGGGCAGAUCGUUUCCCGCUGGUGGCGAGCGGCUCCCGCGGCCAUGCUGAGGGCGAAGUCCGGGCUCCCGUCGCUGUCCCCUGGUCGCCUGAAGGCCCUGAAAUGGUUCCCGACCCCCGGGCCCAACGGGCGGCGCUCCCUGCACGGGCGGGUCCCGCUGCACCCCGAGUGGGCCGCCUUGGCGAAGGAGCAGCUGAAAGGAAAGAACCCGGAGGAACUGAUGUGGCACACGCCCGAAGGGAUCCCCGUCAAGCCGCUCUAUUCCCCCCGAGAUACCCAGAGCCUCCCGGAAGAGCUGCCGGGUGUGAAACCUUUCACCAGAGGACCGUAUCCCACCAUGUACACCUUCAGACCGUGGACCAUCCGCCAGUACGCCGGCUUCAGCACCGUGGAAGAGAGCAACAGGUUCUACAGGGACAAUAUUAAAGCCGGCCAACAAGGAUUGUCGGUUGCUUUCGAUCUGGCAACCCACCGGGGAUACGAUUCGGACAACCCUAGGGUCCGGGGUGACGUGGGAAUGGCGGGAGUUGCCAUCGACACGGUCGAGGAUACCAAGAUUCUUUUCGAUGGGAUUCCUUUGGAAAAAAUGUCCGUCUCCAUGACCAUGAAUGGGGCCGUGAUCCCUAUCCUGGCAACGUUUAUCGUAACCGGGGAAGAGCAGGGAGUAUCUCAAGAGAAGCUCACCGGGACCAUCCAGAAUGACAUCCUGAAGGAAUUCAUGGUCAGGAAUACUUACAUUUUCCCUCCCGAGCCGUCCAUGAGGAUUAUCGCUGACAUCUUCCAGUACACUGCAAAGCAUAUGCCCAGAUUUAAUUCCAUUUCAAUUAGUGGAUACCAUAUGCAGGAGGCAGGAGCCGAUGCCGUUUUGGAGUUAGCCUACACUCUAGCCGAUGGCUUAGAGUACUGCAGAACUGGACUCCGGGCUGGCCUAACCAUCGACGAAUUUGCACCGAGGUUAUCUUUCUUCUGGGGCAUUGGAAUGAACUUCUACAUGGAAAUAGCGAAAAUGAGAGCAGGGAGACGCCUCUGGGCUCACUUAAUAGAAAAGAUGUUUCAGCCCAAGAACUCCAAAUCUCUUCUACUCCGAGCCCAUUGUCAGACCUCUGGAUGGUCCCUUACUGAACAGGAUCCUUACAAUAAUAUUAUUCGUACUGCCAUAGAAGCAAUGGCAGCGGUAUUUGGAGGGACCCAGUCCUUGCACACCAAUUCGUUUGAUGAAGCCUUGGGUUUGCCUACAGUGAAAAGUGCCCGCAUUGCCAGAAACACUCAGAUCAUCAUUCAAGAAGAGUCGGGGAUCCCCAAAGUGGCUGAUCCGUGGGGAGGUUCCUAUAUGAUGGAAUCUCUCACGAAUGACGUAUACGAUGCUGCCCUAAAGCUCAUUAAUGAAAUUGAAGAAAUGGGAGGAAUGGCCAAAGCUGUAGCAGAAGGAAUCCCUAAACUUCGAAUUGAAGAGUGCGCUGCCCGGAGGCAAGCCAGGAUAGAUUCUGGCUCCGAAGUAAUUGUUGGAGUUAACAGAUACCAGCUGGAAAAAGAAGAAUCUGUCGACGUUCUUGCGAUCGAUAACUCUUCAGUACGGAACAAGCAAGUUGAGAAACUUAAAAAGGUCAAAGCCAGUCGGGAUCAAGCAGCAGCCAAACGAUGUCUUGACGCGCUCACACAAUGCGCUUCCACUGGGGAAGGAAAUAUCCUGGCCCUUGCGGUAGAUGCUGCCCGCGCCAGAUGCACCGUUGGAGAAAUAACAGAUGCGAUGAAAAAGGUGUUUGGCGAACACAAAGCUAGUGAUCGGAUGGUGAGUGGAGCUUAUCGUCAGGAAUUUGGAGAAAGUGAGGAGAUUUCGUGUGCUAUCAAUAGGGUUCAAAAGUUCAUGGAACGGGAAGGGCGUAGACCUCGUCUUCUUGUAGCCAAAAUGGGACAAGACGGGCAUGACCGAGGAGCAAAGGUUAUCGCCACAGGAUUCGCGGAUCUUGGCUUUGAUGUGGAUAUAGGCCCUCUUUUCCAGACUCCCCGGGAAGUGGCCCAACAGGCCGUGGAUGCGGACGUCCACGCCGUCGGGGUGAGCACGCUAGCCGCCGGUCACAAGACCCUCGUCCCCGAACUCAUCAAGGAGCUGGGCGCCCUGGGCCGGCCGGACAUCCUGGUCAUGUGUGGGGGCGUCAUCCCUCCUCAGGACUACGAAUUCCUGUUCGAGGCCGGUGUUUCCAACGUGUUUGGUCCUGGGACUCGGAUCCCAAAAGCUGCCGUUGAGGUUCUCGAAGAUAUUGAGAAAUGCUUGGAAAAGAAGCAGCAAGCUAUGUAACAUCCCCUUUCCAUCCUAUUCCUCCGGUUUGUCCAGCGAGCUCUAGUCGCAGUAUCCUCCGAAAUCUAGCCGCAAAUAACGUGACGGGUGCUUUCAGAGAAAGUUGGUCGGUGCGAACACCUUAUCUGUGAGUGAUUUGUCCUCGUACACGCACAUCCAUAAAAUGGCACUUGAAAGAUUAAAAAAAAAAAAAAAAAAAGUAUCGCUUGGAUCGGAGUCAAACUGUCUAGGCAAGAGUGUUCCCAAAAUUUCAGAAAAAUAAAAAUCAUUUCAAAAAUCA